AUGAAUUAUCAAUGUCGAUCAACGAAAAUACCAGUAAAAACAUGUACGACUAUUUGUGAUUGUCAAUUGUCAAGUGUACCUAUGAAACAACGUUUUAUUGAGCCUAUUUUUCAGGCUUAUGUAAAAAAGCCUGAUUCAAAACCAUUACACUGUCUUUCAAAUAAAUGUGAUACUUGUUUAAGUGAAUAUUUUGAUAAAAGACUUCAAGGAAGUUAUAAACAAAUUUUUCAUGAACAAAAAGAUACAUUAGAAAUGGCUAGACCAACUGCUAUUGUUUCAUCACCAUCUAUAACUUUAACGGAUAAUCAAAUGAUGGUUAUGCAAGAUGAAGCCAUCGGAAAAUUACAAGAAGAUAAAAAAGAAAUUCGUAAACGAUAUGCUCUUAUGCAAAUGGAUGAUGGUGUUUUUAUUCUUGGUGGAUAUAUUGUCGAUAAUGAAACAGGAGAAAAAAGAGCACCUAAACGUGAUUAUUUUUACAAUAAUACCAGCAAAGAACUAAUCUCAAUUCCACCUUUACCUGGUAAUGGUCGAAUGGGUUUUGGAUUAGCAGCAACGGAUGAUAAUAAAAUUAUUGUUGCUGGUGGACAUAAUUUUGAUUAUGAACCAAUGUCAAAUGUGACAAUGCUUGAUACACAAACAAAUAAUUUCAAAUGGGAAAAUUUACCUGAUAUGUACAAUGGAACUAUUGGUCCAGGUGUUAGUGUUAUUGAUAAUAUUCUAUAUGUUAUUGGUGGAUUUGAUUUUAUUGAACAUGAUAUAUUAUGUAAUGGUGAUGUACUUUUAUUGGAUCUUGAAAAGAAACAAUGGAAAACAUUACCUGAUAUUGAUCCUCCAAGAGCUCGACCAUUAAUUAGUAUCGUCGACAAUACAGAUCCACCAGUAUUAGUUAUUGCUGGUGGUUAUAAUUUUAAUAAGCAAGGUAAAGCUGCACCACAUGGUAAAAUUGAAGAAUAUAAUAUUAAAAAGAAACAAUGGGAAGUCAUUGGUGAUAUUCCUAAUUUUAAAACAACGAAUGGUCUUGCAACUAAAAAUAAUAAAUUAUUUUUAAUGGAAACAUCAUUUGAAACAGGUGAAAAUCGUGUUAUUAAAGAAUAUAAUCUUGAAACACAUAAAUGGGAAAGUUCACAUAAUAUCAAACAAUCAUCUGAUCAUCAUAUUGAAAAGAAUAAAUCACGAACAAAAAGUGAACAUGAACGACAUUUAUCAUAA